GAAUUAAGAAUAAUCAGAAGAAAAAUAUCGUGUAUGUAGAGCAAAUCAUUUUCUCCUUACGAAAUGCUCAACAAAUGUUGGAUCAUCAAGUAAUCGAUCGGUCAAGUUUGAUUGAUCCGUGAUCUGGACGUGUAGUGUCUCAUCGUAUAGUAUGAUUUUUAUAUUGCGAAUCGAAGAUUUUAGCUAUGGUUUAAUGGCUGAUCUUUGCAAUUCGCGACAGUAAUUGAAUAGUUUUCGUUGUUUGGUGAUUUUAAAUUGUAAUCCCUGUGUAUGUGUAGAACAUCGAUGAUGAUACUCUUGUGAUGAGUUUGAAUUUGAAAUAAUGCUAUUUAGGAUGAGUGAGCCUCCCUUGUUCUCUUUAGUGGUUUUUAUUAAAAUCAUAAUUCUAGGCUACAAUGAGAGACAGGGUUUAGAACUGAUUAUCAAAAUCUUUGAAACAGACUUGGGGUUGAAGUUAGAAACUAUAGUUCUUAUAUGUCUGAAAGAAUGGGGGAUACAUAUUUCUAGAUUUUAACAAUGUUUAUUUCACUGAUGCGUGUUUUCUGCAGCUACGUACAUUAAUUUUAACCUGCAUUAUUACUUUGGCAUAUUCUCAUCUCUUUGUGUGUGUUAAUUAAAGACAAUGUGUGCUUCUUUGAGUUCAUAUCAUUAAACCUAAAGUUUGCUUGACUCUCUAUCCUCUCAAAGAAAGAAGAAGACAUUAAUACUGAAAGCAUCGAGCUAAGUGUUUGUUCUUGACAGACGCUCCCAGAAGAUGUGCUCUCUAAGAUGAGUGCACCGCCAAAGAGUGAUGCUCCUCUUAUCACCCCCAACGAUCUUGCCGAGGCUGAUGGCUUUGUCUUUGCCUUCCCAACAAGGUUUGGUAUGAUGGCUGCUCAGUUCAAGGCCUUCUUAGAUUCAACUGGUGGCCUCUGGAGGACUCAGCAACUCGCCGGUAAGCCAGCUGCCGGAAUCUUCUACAGCACCGGGUCUCAAGGUGGCGGUCAAGAAACCACCGCAUUAACUGCCAUUACUCAGCUGGUUCAUCACGGUAUGAUAUUUGUCCCGAUGGGAUACACGUUUGGUGCUGGUAUGUUUGAGAUGGAGAAGGUGAAAGGUGGAAUCCCGUACGGUGCAGGAACAUUCGCAGGAGACGGGUCGAGACAGCCAACGGAAGUCGGAAUUGGAGUUGGAGCAAGCAUUCCACCAGGGGAAGUACAUUGCCGCCAUUAGUAAGAAGCUCAAGGGACCUGCUGCUGCUUAGAUUCUCUCUGAAAAGAUGAAUUCUAUUAUAUUCUUGAUUCUUUGAUUCUACAAUUUGGUAUUUUGUGAUUUUCUCGUUUUGGAAUGAUCUAACAUCGAAAUGAGUUACUUCAGCUCACAGCAAUAAAAAACUAUUGCUUUGACUUGUGUGUGUGUGUGUGUGUGUGUGUGUGUGUGUGUGUGUGCCUACUCUCUCUAUGUAUGAUCAAUGGAUCUUCUAUUUUCAGUUUUCACAGAGUAUACACAUGUAAUGUUUCAAAUUUUAUCAAAUUAUAUGAUAGAAGCCAAUUGUGAAAGAUGAUUGAUUUUGUCUUCUACGUAUUAAACGACAAAUCAGAAGGUUAAUAUUGGAGUUUCAAUCCAAAACUGCUUUAACCUAUCAGUUUCAAAAAUUAAUAUAAAGCUGCAUAAGAAAAAAAACUAUAAAAAUCCGAGUGACUUCAUUAAAUAUAUCUUUUUUUAACACAAAUACUUUCCUUAAUUAUGAAAAAGAAGUUCUGGCCCAGAGAUUAGUUUAUGGGUCUUAAUACAGUACGAUAGUUUCUGAGAGAGCCAUUGGCCAACCCAUCAUCUUUCUCGUUUUGUGGUUGAAGGAUGAAGAUGAAACUUGUUGAAACAAAGAAGAGAGACAUUCGAUAUCUGCAAUAUCAUUUGACUGUCGGAGACUCGGAGCUGCACUUUGUUUGGUGAUAAAUAUUUAUUUUACUAGAUGAUGGUCCGCACACUUGUGCGCUAUAUCUAACUAAUUCAAAUUUUAACAUAAUUUUUAAUUUUAUCUAAAUUAUUUAAUUAGUUUCAAAUAUUAAAUUAAUCAGAAAAUAUAAUUUAAUUUUUUAUUACAACGCAAUAUUGAUAAUGGUUUGAUAUUUACAAAAUCUUUUAUAUAUUCUAUCACCAAGCCAUGUAAAAAUUAACAACAUCAUAAUAAUCUAAUAAAGUUUUAUUAAUACUUUAAAAUAACAUAAAAAGAUAAAUCUACAAAAUAAACCAUAAUUACUAAUUAUCAGUGAAACCUAUGAUAUCAAACUCCUAUUCAUCAAAAUCUUAAUUGUAUUUUAUAUGAUUUUCUUUUUUAUAGGAGUUCAUAGUGACACCUAUUAACAAAAUCUACUAUAAUUAAAACAGUACUUCUAUUUAACUAAAUUUUAUAAACUAAAAGUAAUAAGUUAUAUAUAUAUAUAUAUAUAUAUAUAUCUAGUAAAACUGGAUUUUUUAUUUUUUUAACGGUGAGAGUUUGUAUUCUUUGGACUUAUAAUUUUGAUUGAUAAAAUAAUUCACUGACAUAAAAGAAGCAAACUUCCUUUUAAAAAUAAUAAAUAAAAACAUUAAAUGAUUUAAUAUUAUUAAAAUAAACAAAAGAUGAACAAAAAUGUAAAAGUUUUGCUAAAAUUUGAUAAUCCUCUUUAAAAAUAAUUAUCCUUGAAUAUAAUAAAAAAUAUUUAUUAAACAAUAUCUAAAAAUGUUUAAAAAAUAACAAUUCAUAAAGUUAUUUAUUGAAACUAAUGAGUCAACCUAAAUCAUGGAACAUAAUAAAUAAGCUUCUAAAAAUAAUAAAACAUAACAAAUAAGUAAAAUAACCUAAAAUCAUGAAAAACAUGAUAAGUAAGCAAACAUAAAACUACCUCCUAAAAUUAUUUUAAAAUAUGAUAAAUAAAUAAAAUUACCAAUUAAAAUUAUUAAUAACAUGAAAAAUAAAUAAAUAACCUAAAUUAUGGAGAAUAUGACAAAUAAUUAAAACUGAAAUUAUUAAAAACAUAACAAAUGAGCAAAUUACCUAAAUUUAUGGAAAAUGUUACAAAUAAGUAAUAAACAAUGACAAAUAAGCAAAAUCACCUAAUACUAUGGAGAAAUUGACAAGUAAAAAAAAUCACUUCAUAAAUAAUAAUAUAAAUAUCAUUCUAUAAGAACAUGAGAAAAAUCAUAUGCAUCCACAAUCAUGUUACUUUGGUUUUCUUUCAUAAAUUAUCAAACAAAUGAAUUGAUUAGUAUUUCCAAAGGCCCAUUAAUUAAAAAUAUCAGCCCAAGAAAUCUUUAGUACACUUACUGGAUUGUUGACUGUGGAAGAUUAUCUCAUAUGCCGGUUCUGUAUAUAUGGGGAUGCUGAAUCCACAGGCUGACGACUAAGACGACGUAUUGAUCUUCUAAUAUGUUAGGGCCUUUCGGCUUUUCCAUAAGAUGGUCUCUUAAUCGGACUUCUAAAUCUAUAUAAAAAUAUCCAAGUUAAAACAUCCUUGCUUAGUUGCUUAUACGUGGUUGCUUCACUUGAUGUUAUCGUUUCGCGUACAGGCAACAUAAUACACACUACACAACAACAUAAUUAAACUGUAUCAAACCUUUUUUUUUUUUUGUUUAACCUGAGGUAUCCUGAGCUUAUGGAAGGCCUAGACUAAUCUCCAAGGAGAUGUGCAAUUCACGGAUAGACCCUCUCUCCGGAUAUGCAAAUGAACCCUAAAACUUAGAUACAUAUCCGUGUGGAGUGUCCAGAAACAUCACAAAGUAGAACUGUAUCAAACUUAAUGGACAGAAGAAGUUCAAGUAUUCAUUUUUAAUAUGUUCCAAUUAGAUUCACGACCUUUUUUCUUCGCAUGUAUUAUAAAUGGCGAUUACAAACAUCAUGGUACGUUAACAAAGCGUAAAUGUUGCAUAAAAUCACACUAUGUAUGCCUUACUCUAGUCUCUACACACAGGAUUUUUCUUUUUGACAUCACUCUACACGGGAUUAGGUUAAAGGCAUUUAUAGUCAAAA